AUGGCAUAUACAACUUAUGAAAAAGUACAAAUGACGGAUGAUCAGAGCAAUAUUAAUGUCGUAACAAAUAUAAAUAAUCCAACGACUUCGAUUCGCCAUUAUUUUGUAUUUUCAUUAAUCUCGUCAAUCUUCUUGUGUCCGGCAUCUGGUAUUAUUGCAUUGGCCUAUAGUUUGAAAUCAUCAGCUAAAGCUGAUGCCAAAUGUUUAGAUAAAGCACGUCUUUAUUCACGUCGUGCUAAAAUAUGGAAUUUAAUUCCAGUAGCACUAUAUGUCCUUAAAACAUUAGAUGAAUUUCUAAUGUAUCGAAUGUUACCAAGUACUUGUCCAAAUAUAGCAAACACUUCUCAAGUAUUUGUUUACUUGCAAUUUUCGGCAAGUACUAGCACAGGGGCAAAUAUUGCUUGA